GUGGCUACACUCCAGAUCAUGCCUAGUACAUUUCUUCUUCUUCGAUGAAGGCAAGUGAAUAUAGCAGUGGUUGCUUCCGUUCUGACCUGUUAUUUCUAUUGCCUACACUCUAAUAUUCAGAAGUAUUGGAUUCUUUCAUAAUUGGACUCUAUGGUGAUGCUUUAAUUGCUUCAAUUAUGCUGAUGCUCAAUCAUAUAUUGAUGAUGAUGAUGAUUCGAGUAUGACUCGUGAGAUUAAUUCACACCCCUGAAGGUAAAUGAAGUAUUAUUUGAGGUUGGUAUUGUAUCUGAAGGUAAAUGAAGUAUUAUUUGAGGUUGUAUUGUAUGUGAAGGAAGUGAAGUAUAUUGAUAAAUGCAGCAUGCCAUAUACAUUGCAUGAUUCACUUGCAUCUGAAGUUUCGUCGUGACCUAUGGUCCGACCGUACCGGUACAACUUAGCAUCGUACGUUACCCGAGGAGGGGUACGAUGCGGCUUCAUACCCUUAGAGGUAUGAAGGCAGAGGACAUAUGCAUUGCAUUCAUAUGCAUUCAUUGAAGUGGUAUUUGUAGAUGGUGUGGUUUUAUACUCUAAGAGGUAUGAAGGCAGAGGACUUACACAUUGCAUUACUAUGCAUACAUCGAAGUGAUAUUUGCAGGUAUUGUUGACGCAGAAGAGUGUUAUACAACCUAUUGUGGUUGUUCGAGGAAAUGAGAUGGCAUUGGUUAUUUUGGGACUAUUGAGUUCUAUAUCUACAAGUAUUUCUGAUCUCAAUUGUGAUCCCUUUAAAAUGUUGAUUAAUUCAAUUUUUUUGGUUUAAAUAUCUCGUCGAAACAAUUCACUUGCUGAGAUGUUUCAUCUCACUCUUGCAUUACUCAAUGCAGGUACUUGAUUCAUGUUGGGAAUGAGGGGAGUAGCAGCACGUCCACCUUCACUCUCAUAAUAACGCUGCCCAGACACAACCAUGAUUUAAUUAGAAACUUCUUGUCAAAGGAUGUUUGUUUAUAACUAGUCGUGCACACUAGUUAAUUCAGUUCAUGAUGUUAUGGUUAUCUUUCCAUUGCUAGCAGAUUAUUAAUGUCUAGUAUGUUUUCUUAUUAUGAUAUCUGUUUAUACUUUGUUCCUUCCACGUUUAUGCAAAUUUUCAAAGGAGAUGCUGUCGAAAUUUUAUAUAUGAAUGUUAGUUGUGUAGUUUAGUAGCAUUUCGGGGUAUUUGUGGAUCCCGGGGUGUUACAGUUGGUAUCAAAGCACAGGCUUUAGAUUCUUGGCAAUUUGAAGAUAAAUUUGACACACUUGCACAUAUAGGAAGGGUAUGGGUACAAAUAUCUUUGAUAUAUAUUAAUGUCUUUGAAGUGUAGGUGACAAUAAUUUCACCCCUCCCCAUUCCUUUAUGGUGAUGUGGUAAGUUGUUUAUGACUUAAUGCCUGAUAUAAUUUAUCUCUAAAUCUUUAUAUUGUUUUAUUAAUGCGUUUGAUAUCGAUGGUCUUUUGUGAGAUUGAAGUUGUUAUUAUGCCUGUGAUAUACAAGUAUGCGUAUGUUGUUUUCACCAUGUUUUUCAUGGUUGAGUUUUAUUACAAUAAUAUUGUUAUAUAUGCUUGAUUGAGGAUGUUUCUAAGAGGACUGUGAAUUGCGUGUUUUGGGUUACAAGGUAACCAUCAAUUUGAAUUUAAGUUGUUGAGCGGUUGGUGGAUAGUUCCAACUAUCUUUGCAAAGAAUGAUUGUUUAUGUCAAGAAACCAGUUCUGAAAGAAAUGAAUAUUGGUACUUUUAUAGGAAUUUUGGGGGAAGUCUUUACCUAGCUAGAAUGGCUUACAUGUCUCUCUUCUAUUGUGUGUUUUAGUAGCCACAAAGCCUAGAUGUGGUUUAAAGUGGUUGCAUGUUAGUCAUGCUAGUUGUAGAAUAAAUCUUUGAUUUGCUGGAUCCAUGGAUUAUGUAUUAAUACGUUGAGGAUCAGAUGGUUCUCUCCCUGAUGCAUGCUUGUGGAGCCAUUGUUGGACCACCUAUCUAUUGGUUUGAAUGAAGCCAGUGCCUAGCCUAGAGUUGGUUGUGUGUGGUUAGUCACCUAUUCCUAAAUGAUGUGGUUUGUACAUCAGCUUGAGAUGUUUGUCAAAUGUGUGAAGGAUUACAGGGUUAUUAUUGACCUUGUAUGUCUGGUACUUUGAGUGCAUCGUAUGAUAGAAUGAAAUGUAAGUUUAUGAACUACAAUAGAUGAAGACUUAUAUUAUGUGUAGGUUAACCUCACUAGUUUGAAUAUUUUUCUUAGUUGAGUUGUUGGAUGAAGUAUAGUGACAUUGGUUAACCUAAUAUUGUGUUGUUGUGCUGUUAGUGCUUUUUGUGGAGCUUUUGGCAUUUCUUCGAUGACCUGUGCCGCGCAGAAUGUUAUUGGCUUCUUAUUGGCUUUAUUGCUCCAUUAGUUCUGUAGAUUUUCUCCCUUUUGCGGGGUGCAAAGGAUGUUAGAUUACAUGAUUAUCUUUUCAUGAUGGCAAGAAUAAGGUUUAGGAAGAUUAGGAGUUUUGUUUCAAUAGAACUACUUGUUUCGUGGUGCUUUGAGGUGAGGUAUUUGAUCUUCUUAUACAUUCGUCGGGUGUGGAUGUUUCACCAUUUAAUUAAAAUUAAUUGUUGAAGUUGGUAAGGGUUGUGCUUAGUGCAUAUUACCCCUUCAUAAAAGAGUGUUGUCUUAAGACAUUGAUGUUGAUGUAUAGUUGCAUCCAAAUUCGAUGGUGUGAAAUUGUAGUGUUGAUUGCAUCUAUGACUUGCUUUGAGCUUCAUUGCAUGUUGUUCCAUGCUUGAUGUCAGGUUGUGUAGUUUCCUUAGACAAUUAGUCCAAGGUAGAAGUUCUUGUGUUAAUUAAGACCAAUAAUGGACCCAUGUUUUGAAUGGUGGUGAUGGGGUACCUUGGGUGUUUUGCUUGGAGUGGCCGAAUUCGAGGACGAAUUCUUUUUAAGGGGGGUAGAGUGUAAUAUCCCAAAAACAUUUUUGGAACAAAAGUUGAUCUACGGUGCGUGGAUGUGGGAAAGGGUUGUGGGCCGUUAGAUGCAAAGGCAGAAGUCAUCUGGGGCGUCAGUUCUUUUCUCCCACAAAACCCUAGGUGGCCACCCCUUUUCCCUCCACCCCCUCUCUUGGCCGCCAACCUCCCCCCUUUUUUCCCUUGGUUGGCCACCCCCUCUCCUCCCAUGGCAGCCGCCCACCAUUUCUUCCUCCUCCCUAGAUCUCCCCCUCCCCCACGCAGCAAGGAUCGAGAAGAGGUGGAGCAAGAUGGAUUGAAGAGGAAGAGAGGAUCAAGGAGAUGUUCUACCCCCCAUCUAUUGCAGAUUUUCUUGGGGAAACCCUAGGUAAGGAUGAGAUCCUUGUUCCUCCAUAUAAUUAUGUGCUUUUGGAGGUUGUGGAUCAUGUUGAAGGAUUAGAUGUUGGAUUAGAUGUGGGGUUAGGUUUUGAUCUCGAAUUUUAUUUCUGCAGAAUGGCAGAUUCAACAGUUUCUGUUCAUACCAGUUUUCCGUGGUCUUAUUUGCCUCAAAAAAAUAAAUAGUCUAUAUAUGAGUCAUAGAUAAUUUGUAGAUCUUUCCGUGGCCGCGAAGAACACCUCAAUCGAACAUCAGAUCAGAAAGUUAUUACAGUUUGAUUAUAGCAGUUUUUCAGUCUCAUAAUUCUGUGCAGAAUCUGUUCUCUUAAGAGUUAGGCAAUUUUAUCAACAGAAUUAAACUAUGGGUUGGUAAAAGAAGUUGUAGAUAAUUUCAUAAACUUUCCAUAUUGUUAAAGAGUGCAUUCAUAUGAUUUGUGAAACUCCAGUUAUGUUUGUUUUACUGUGGCUGUUCCUGUUUGCCUGACAAAAAUGAGCGGGUCUGUUCACUGGUAGGUUUCAUCAGGUAAAUGGCCGAAUUGGCUCUUCCAACUAUGGAGACUUCUGUAGAGGAAUAAAUGUUCUUACUGCCAGUAGAAUUCCAUGAUUUUGGGUUGAGUAGUUUGUGAGAUAUCGAAUUUUGAAGUUAACUACGCUGCUGUCUGAAACAGAUUCAGUCAGUUAUCUUGUUAGAGGUUUUAGAACUUGUAGAUGGAAGAAUUUAAUUAUCCAUUGAAUACUGAAGUUGUAGAGUAUUUUGUGUAGAUACUCCUAGAUUAUUUGUUUGAUAUCACAACUGUUAUAAUUUUAAAGAUACAAAAUUAACAAACAGCGCUGCUGUUGUAUGUCAUGUGGUUCAGGGUGGGAGUCUUUCCACCAGGUCUUGGUUUCAAGUGUAGGAGCGAUUUGUUGAUUGUUGGCAAAUGUUUGUGAAAUAUUUGUACUAAGUUUUAUGCCCGCUAGCAGGUGGCUACACUCCAGAUCAUGCCUAGUACAUUUCUUCUUCUUCGAUGAAGGCAAGUGAAUAUAGCAGUGGUUGCUUCCGUUCUGACCUGUUAUUUCUAUUGCCUACACUCUAAUAUUCAGAAGUAUUGGAUUCUUUCAUAAUUGGACUCUAUGGUGAUGCUUUAAUUGCUUCAAUUAUGCUGAUGCUCAAUCAUAUAUUGAUGAUGAUGAUGAUUCGAGUAUGACUCGUGAGAUUAAUUCACACCCCUGAAGGUAAAUGAAGUAUUAUUUGAGGUUGGUAUUGUAUCUGAAGGUAAAUGAAGUAUUAUUUGAGGUUGUAUUGUAUGUGAAGGAAGUAAAGUAUAUUGAUAAAUGCAGCAUGCCAUAUACAUUGCAUGAUUCACUUGCAUCUGAAGUUUCGUCGUGACCUAUGGUCCGACCGUACCGGUACAACUUAGCAUCGUACGUUACCCGAGGAGGGGUACGAUGCGGCUUCAUACCCUUAGAGGUAUGAAGGCAGAGGACAUAUGCAUUGUAUUCAUAUGCAUUCAUUGAAGUGGUAUUUGUAGAUGGUGUGGUUUUAUACUCUAAGAGGUAUGAAGGCAGAGGACUUACACAUUGCAUUACUAUGCAUACAUCGAUGUGAUAUUUGCAGGUAUUGUUGACGCAGAAGAGUGUUAUACAACCUAUUGUGGUUGUUCGAGGAAAUGAGAUGGCAUUGGUUAUUUUGGGACUAUUGAGUUCUAUAUCUACAAGUAUUUCUGAUCUCAAUUGUGAUCCCUUUAAAAUGUUGAUUAAUUCAAUUUUUUUGGUUUAAAUAUCUCGUCGAAACAAUUCACUUGCUGAGAUGUUUCAUCUCACUCUUGCAUUACUCAAUGCAGGUACUUGAUUCAUGUUGGGAAUGAGGGGAGUAGCAGCACGUCCACCUUCACUCUCAUAAUAACGCUGCCCAGACACAACCAUGAUUUAAUUAGAAACUUCUUGUCAAAGGAUGUUUGUUUUUAACUAGUCGUGCACACUAGUUAAUUCAGUUCAUGAUGUUAUGGUUAUCUUUCCAUUGCUAGCAGAUUAUUAAUGUCUAGUAUGUUUUCUUAUUAUGAUAUCUGUUUAUACUUUGUUCCUUCCACGUUUAUGCAAAUUUUCAAAGGAGAUGCUGUCGAAAUUUUAUAUAUGAAUGUUAGUUGUGUAGUUUAGUAGCAUUUCAAGGUAUUUGUGGAUCCCGGGGUGUUACAGUUACAGCUCUUCAAGAUCGUUUGAGGAAAGGUUCUGACGAUGAUUUAAGCAUCAGAUGCUUUUUCUUGAUAUUGUUCAAUAGGUUGUUGUUCCCUACUGCCAGCUGGGGAAUAACAAACCAUGAGGUUCUUUUAACCGAGGAGAUGGAUCGUUUCCACCAGAUGGACUGGUGCCAGCUCAUUUUCAAUGAUUUAUGCCAAGCUGCCAAGAAGUGGCAUAAUAGGAGCGUUACGAACGUUUCUACAACCAUCUAUGGAUGUUCCAUCGUUAUUCUUCUGUAUUAUUUGGAUCAUUUGCAUGACUCAGCGGCACCCCGGAACAAACGUGGAACACCACGAAUCAAAUACUUUGAUAGGAAUAUUAUUCAAGCCCUGACAAGAGCUGACAAGGGCAAGAUACGCAAAGGAGAAGAAGCAUUUGGACAUUGCUCGUUCCGAAGCUCCUCAGAGACCUGCUACACAGCUGUACCACCCGUUCAUGCACAAUUCAAGCAUAAGACCAGGACCAACACUUUUGAUGUUCCUCGUCCUGACCCAUCUGGACAGCACUCAAUUCACAUCGAACUCCCGCUCAUCAGGGAUUUGUUAUCAAGCAAGCUGAAUCAGCUUCCAUCCCGCCACCGCAUGGGUUUCAUAGAGAAGCUGUCACAUUUUGAUGCGGAGGUUGGUAAGGUGUGUUCAGUUAUUAAACAGAAUCUUCAGCAGAUUGUUGAGAAACAAUUCAAUCUAUCUGAUGUUUUUGGCGAGUUAAUUGAUGAGGUCCUCCGUGCCGAGGCGGGUGACAACGAAGAUGCUUAUGAUGUGCAGAAAACCACAUCAAAAUCAGAUGAUAUUCUUCCCCAGACAGCUGAAGGAUGUACGCCCCCCCCCCCAACUGUACCCGAUAUGUCUACUCCAGUUUCUCAGCUGGAUACACAGUUUACAGACACACAGGGUAAACAUGGUGACGGUGGCAAGAACAUGCCGACCAAUACAAACGUCACUCCUAAAGCAACACCACACAUGGAUCCUGACGCGCCGAUAUUUGAUGCGACUCCGCAAAUCAAGUCUACUGGCGGCGUACAACAAGUGGCAGAAACAGACUUGCCUGACAGUGGUCCAUGCUUUGAUCAUACUCCAUCUGAACAUGUUUAUGUUGAAACCGAUCCAGCUACAAACACUCCACAGGUUGGCCAGGCUUCUCUUGAUUCGGAGAUGCAAACUGUGUUAGCUCUACGCGAAUAUUUGUGUGGUCUGCAAUCUGACACCGGCAGGACCAUAAUAGAUUAUGGUGAAUAUUCAGCGACAUGUUCUGACAUAUAUGAAUCUUUUGCCGAUGGGAAGUGUCUCGACAAUGUAUUCAUGCAGUGUUUCAUCCAAUGUGUUAUUGAUGAUGCAAAAAAUCAGCAGACUUCCAUGAGUUCGAACAGUUUGGUUCUUGAUGUUAAUGUUGGGUCAAUACUCAACUUUGAGGAACAGGAACGACACAGUCGCAACCCUCAACCUUUUGAUGAAUCUGUACUCCACACACUUCUAGACAAUUCAUUGCCUGAGACAGAUGAAUUGGACCAAUGCAAAGCGAUCAUGGUCCCCAUGGUAAGCAGGGGGCAUUGGACAUUGUAUGUUGUCAACAAGGUCAAGAAGUGCAUUCAUAUUUUAGAUUCCAACCCAUAUGGACCAACACUUGGUGGAACUACAUAGGACUAUCAUUUUGCACAUUUGGGCUCAGGUGGCAGAAAGUUACCAUGGGCAAAGGUUAUUAUGAGCAGAUUAAACAAAACAAUACAACAUGUACGGCCCAGUACAUGCUUUCCCAAGUUUGGUAACUUCACAAUUGACUUGUGCCCAAAUUGUCCUAACAUGGCAACUGGAUCAAAUGACUGUGGGUUUUAUGUCAUGGGUUAGAUUCUAUUUUAUCAAUGCGACGAAGGAUCUUUGCGGUCAGACAUAGAAGCAGGCAACACCAGUGAGAUACGGUCUCUUGCGCUGCAUUACAUCACAUUCCACCCGAAGAACAAAGCAUUAUCGCUGCUCCAAGACAUCCAAAGAUUCAAGGUCUAAAGGAUGUAGUUUAGUUUGGUCAUGUAAUAUAUUUUGUAUACAAUGGUUCCCUAAACUUCAGAUCAGUCAUGUGUGUAUAUUAUGGGCAAAGUCCAUAGACGUUUCUUAGUUAUGUCAAUGACAACUUUGGGAUCAGCUUUUUUCUAAA